UCGUUGAAGAAAAAUUGUUUGUCACGAUUGUUAUCUUCUCUAAAUUUUAUAGAUCUACCUGGACCUAAAUUCUGUUAUUUUUAAAACAUCAACAAUGGUUAAGGUAGCGGAAACUCAAGAUGUAGAAAUGAAAGAUGCAUCAGCAAAUGAUGCAAAUAAAACGGAGGAGACAGAAAAAGAAGAAAAGAAAGACCCCGAACUGUUAACUUUAGAAGAUAUUCGGGAGCAUGUGAGACAUAUUGAGAAAGCUGUCUCAACAAAAGAGCCACGGUUCAUGUCAAGAGUUAUCCGGGCCCUUGUCUCUGUUCGUAGAAAACUUAAUCCUCGCAUACUUCGCUCCUUAAUGAAAGGCUACUUCACAGCACCAAAUGUGACAAACAAAGAAGAGCUGUUACCAUUUCUUGCUGAUUUGAAUGGUUUCCAGGGCCAGAGUGAGGGCAUGAAUGGAAUCUCUGGGGUAUUUCGUCCACGAUCUGGCAAGUUGGCUCAAACACCUGUCUUACCUGAGGUUGAGAUCUACAUCCACCUUCUUGUCCUCAUUUACCUCAUUGAUACUAAGCAAUAUGAAAGGGCAGUGGAAUGUUCAGAGCUUCUGAUGAAGAAGUUGAUAGUACAGAACAGAAGGACCAUGGAUAUGCUGUCUGCCAAAUGUUAUUUCUACUAUUCUAGAUCAUAUGAACUAACUAAUAAGCUGGAAAUUAUUAGAACGUUCCUCCAUGCCAGACUUCGAACUGCCACGCUUCGCUCUGACCACGAAGGCCAGGCCACACUAAUCAACUUGCUGCUACGUAACUACUUGCAUUAUAGUUUGUUUGAGCAGGCAGAUAAGCUAGUAUCCAAGUCUACCUUUCCUGACAGUGCCUCCAACAAUGAGUGGGCUCGUUACUUGUUUUACUUAGGUCGGAUAAAGGCUGCACAACUUGAGUACUCAGAAGCUCAUAAACAUUUGCUUCAAGCUACAAGAAAAGCUCCACAGCAGAGUGCCAUUGGCUUCAAGCAGACAGUUCAGAAACUGGCCAUAACAGUGGAACUUCUGCUUGGAGACAUACCUGACAGAACAGUCUUUCGUCAGCAGUCCAUGAGAAGAACACUUGCCCCUUACUUCCAGCUUACCCAGGCUGUAAGAGGAGGAAACCUACAGAAAUUUAACGAAACUUUGGCCAAGUUUGGCACCAAGUUCCAGGCAGAAAACACGUACACUCUGAUUGUUCGGCUCCGCCACAACGUGAUCAAGACAGGAGUGAGGAUGAUCAGCCUCAGCUAUUCACGCAUCUAUCUCUCAGACAUUGCACAGCGCUUGACUCUAGACAGCCCAGAAGAUGCUGAGUUUAUUGUUGCUAAGGCAAUUCGAGAUGGUGUGAUUGAAGCCACUAUUGACCAUGAAAAUGGCUAUGUGCAGUCCAAGGAGACUGGUGAUGUGUACAGCACUAAAGAACCCAUGACUGCAUUCCACCAGAGGAUUAGUUUUUGUCUUGACAUUCACAAUCAGAGUGUGAAGGCCAUGCGUUUUCCACCCAAGUCUUACAAUAAGGAUCUAGAAUCAGCAGAGGAGCGUAGAGAGCGGGAACAACAGGAACUGGAGAGUGCUAAAGAAAUAGCCGAGGAGGAUUUUGAUGGUUUCCCUUAGUGCUACAAUACUAACACAGGAGCGUAGAGAGCGGGAACAACAGGAACUGGAGAGUGCUAAAGAAAUAGCCGAGGAGGAUUUUGAUGGUUUCCCUUAAUGCUACAAUACUAACACAGGCAUCAGCACCAGCCACCACACACCAGCAACAUUUGUAUCAUCAGAUUUUUACAGCCAUAUUCUUUCAUUAUCUGGCAGUUAUACCAUUUUUUUUUUUUACUGAAGUGAAGCUGUCCAAAUACUGUAGGAAGUUGUCAGAAGUAGUGGGUUUGAAUGUUUGUCAGUAAAGUAGUUCUAGAAGUUUCUGCGUGAGCGACUGAUGUUUAAACUUCCACCCAGUUUGUGCUGCAACUAUUCUGUUGAUCCGUGUCCAUGUCAUCUAUUGAACUUUGUCUUUUUUAUUGGCAGUCAUGUUUAUUGGACGCUUUAAGAUUUUACUUCAGACAUCUGUCUAAAACAUUUUAUCUGAGCAAGUAGACCAGUGUUUGAUGAAUGUGCCACUUCAGCCUGUGGCUGAAAUAAACAAGUUGAAAUUAGAGAAAUGUCUCCUAACAACUGUCAAGAGUUGAGCAAGUUGCUGAGUCAUUGAAUUGGGAGCUGCUUGUGUCUGGUUUCUGUGCUGUUGGUGAUGUUCAGUGUCUUGAUUUCAUUUUUUUAGUUAUUGACUAAUGUGCUAAUUGUUAGAACAUGCUGUUUGUUUAUUUAAAUACAUGUUGUACAUAGUUUAUUAUAUAUUAAAAAAAAAUCUUUUGAAAACUGUUUUA